CGAGCUGCAGUCUUUGAGAAGCGCGCGCAUUUGAAGGUUUAGAAGGCGACUAGCGUCGUAACAAAGCAAGCGAGCGGAGCGAUUACCUAUAAGAACGGACGGUCCGGUCGGGUGGAGAAUUAGAAUUAGAAUCUAAUGUGUAUACGGAUAUCAGUGUUGGAAAUAAUAAUUAUAUUAAAAUUACAAAGAAUAUCCUCAACGCCUAAGGCGUCUACAGCAAGAAAGUGAUAAGAAUUUCAUUUGAAAUUUAAAAGAGUAGUGUUUACUAACAAAUAUAGUUGGUUUCAAACCACGCAAAUGAGGUGUGCAAUAAAUAUAUUUACAGUUAUGCUUAAAAUUGCGUGAGAAAAUCUUUUAGUUUGUGUGAGAAAGGCUUUAAUGCGCGUCUAACAUAAAAGUGAUAAGGAUCCAAGAUCCAGUGUGUGCAAAUCGUUAUACAGCAUUUAUGUACUCAGUGUGACAAUUGUAGCAGCUGCUCUGUGUUGUUGCUGGUUUUAAUGGUGUUACAAAAACAGUUGUAGCAGUAAAAAUUCUCACGAUCAAAUAGUAAAUAAGCGUGAUCCCGCUCCCAUGGUUAUGGCCGUGAUUCUAUUGAUCGCAAUCGCUAUACUUUUGGCUUUCUAUUGCAACUUCGAUUUGGGUAAAUUCGCCAGCGCCCAUCUGAAGCCGCUGCUGACGCGCUGUAGCGGACGUAAUGGGAAGCUAGCCGCCAUCGCCACCAGUUUGAUCAAUGGCAAGGAUGAUUUCUAUCAUGCCGCAGAGAUCCCAAGGCCUCGCGGUGUCUGGGACAUACCAGGGCCGCUGGCGAUACCGUUUCUCGGCACGAAAUGGGUAUUCUUCGUCUUCUUUCGCAAAUAUAAAAUGUCGCUGAUGCACGAGAUGUAUGCGGAUUGGCAUCGCAAAUAUGGUGAAAUCGCUUUGGAAGUGCUGACCUCUGGCAUACCGAUUGUGCAUUUAUUCAAUCGGAACGAUCUGGAGAAGGUGUUGAAGUACCCCAGCCGUUAUCCGUUUCGGCCGCCGACAGAAAUCGUCGUGAUGUAUCGGCUAUCGCGUCCCGAUCGAUAUUCCAGUUUGGGUAUUGUGAAUGAACAAGGUCCCACCUGGCAGAAGCUACGCGCCUCGCUCACCUCUUACAUCACCUCGCCGCGCAUACUGUACAACUUCCUGCCCGCAUUGAACGUGGUCUGCGAUGAUUUCAUCGAACUCUUGCGCCAACAACGCGAUCCCGACACACUCGAGGUGCGCAACUUCGAGGACAUCGCCAAUCUAAUGGGUCUGGAAGCGGUCUGCACGCUUAUGCUGGGGCGUCGUAUGGGUUUUCUGGACAAAAGCGGUCAGCAACCGGAAAGAAUAUGCCAGCUGGCGGGUGCCGUGAAGCAACUUUUCAUAUCACAACGCGACUCCUACUACGGCAUGGGACUGUGGAAGUAUUUGCCGACGAAGACCUACCGCGAAUUCGUGCGCGCCGAGGAGAUUAUCUAUGAUGUUAUUUCCGAGAUGGUCGAAAUGGCACUGCAGGAGGACUACCUCACCUCGGCGAGUGAUGAGAGUGAGGCGGCGCUGCGCAGUAUAUUCUUGAAUAUACUCGAACUAAAGGACCUAGAUAUACGUGAUAAGAAAUCGGCGAUUGUCGACUUUAUAGCGGCGGGCAUUGAAACGCUCGCCAACACAGUGCUCUUCGUGCUCAGCUCGGUGACCAAUGAUGAGCAGGCGAUCGCUGGCAUAUUGGCCGACUUUUGUGAAUACCGUAAGACGACUAUAACGAAAGAGGCGAUCGCCAAGGCGGACUACACCAAAGCUUGCGUACAGGAAUCGUAUCGCAUUAGGCCCACGGCCUUCUGUUUGGCGCGCAUACUCGAGGAGAAUAUGGAGUUGUCGGGCUAUCAUCUCAAAGCCGGCACGGUGGUGCUUUGUCAGAACAUGAUUGCCUGCAACAAUGACGCCAAUUUCCCAAAUGCCAAAGAAUAUCGGCCCGAACGUUGGCUCGACGAAGAGCGUCACUUUACGGUAAAUGUGCCGAAUUCGUGUAUUGUCGUGCCGUUUGGCAUCGGCAAGCGCACAUGCCCGGGCAAGCGAUUUGUCGAAAUGGAGGUGAUGCUGUUGUUGGCCAAGCUGCUGCUUGCCUUCGAUAUCAAAUUCAAAGAGCCGUUGCAAACCGAAUUUGAAUUUUUGCUUGCGCCUAAAACGCCACUCACUUUAAUCAUGAGUGAUCGCGUCUACUGAACGAUCGCGCUGCACGAACACGAACACACACA